UAUCUAAAAGUUUAGUUAUGGCAGAUUUUCAAAGGGUUAAAUUAAUCUUUGCGGCAUUUUUAGACGUAGUUUUGGUUAUUGCGAUAUUUCUUUGUCCAUCUCUUGCAAUAGGAAAAUUUGAGCUUUUUAGACAAAGUGGUGGACUACUUCGGUUUAAUCCAUAUAUCGAAAAUGGGUAG